AUGUUUUUUUUUUCUUCCUGCAAAUUCAAUCACUAUAUCACUCACAAUGACAUUUAUCUUCCAUGUUUUUUUUUCUUUUCUCUCCUUCAUUAUUUGGCUGACUACCAUUUUUUUCUUUUGUUCUUAUUCUUUUUAGGUUUUUUUUUCUUUCUUUUUUUGUUCUUUCUUGCUACUUCUUCAUUAAACUUUUUCUCUUCUCUCUUUUUCUCUUCUCUCUUUUUCUCUUCUCUCUUUUUCUCUUCUCUCUUUUUCUCUUCUCUCUUUUUCUCUUCUCUCUUUUUCUCUUCUCUCUUUUUCUCUUCUCUCUUUUUCUCUUCUUUUUCUCUUCUCUCUUUUUUCUUCUUCUCUUUCUUUCUUUUUCUUCUCUCUUUUUCUCUUCUCUCUUUUUCUCUUCUCUCUUUUUCUCUUCUCUCUUUUUCUCUUCUCUCUUUUUCUCUUCUCUCUUUUUCUCUCAUAUCUUGUUACCUUUUUUCUUUCUGUUUUUCUUUUUCUCUUUCUGAAUUUCCAUCUACCUUUACCAUUUUUUCAAUUUUUUUCCCUUCUCUUUCCUUUUCCCUUCUCUUUCCUUUUCCCUUCUCUUUCCUUUUCCCUUCUCUUUCCUUUUCCCUUCUCUUUCCUUUUCCCUUCUCUUUCCUUUUCCCUUCUCUUUCCUUUUCCCUUCUCUUUCCUUUUCCUUCUCUUCCCCAUCGUCUUUCUAUUUUCCUUUCUUUCUUUUUCCUUUUUCUCCCUUCUGUCUCUUCGUUGUUACCUUCCUCUUUUUUUUUUUUCUCCUCUUUUUUCUUUUCUCUUUCUCUCUCUUUGCUGUUUCUCUUCUCUUUUUCUCUUUUUGCUUUUUCUUUGUCUUUCCUCUUGUUUGUUUUGCUUUUUUAUUUCUCUUUUAUCUUUUUCAUUUGUUUUUCCUCUUGUUUGUUUUCUCUUUUUAUUUCCAUUUUUCUUUAUAUUUUAUCAUUUCUUUUUUUUCUCUUCACCUUUUCUCUUUUUACCAUUUUUUCUUCUUUUCUUUUUCUCCUGUUUUUUUUUUUUUCUUUUCUAUUUUUUCCAUUUUUCUUUUCUUUUUUCUUUUUUUUUCUAUUCCUUUUUUUUUUCUUUUCUUCUUUUUCUAUUCUUUCUAUGUUUCUCUUUUUCUUUUCCCACUUUUUUCUUUACUAUCUCCUUUUUUUUCCUCUCUUUCUCCUUUUUCCUCUCUUUCUCCUUUUUCCUCUUUUUCUCCUUUUUCCUCUCUUUCUCCUCUUCUCCUCUUUCUCUUUUCCUCUCUUUCUCCUUUCCUCUCUUUCUCCUUUUUUUUCUCUUUUUCUCCUUUUCUCCUUUUUUCUCUAA